UGCAGAACGACCGGCCAUGUCCAACACAGCGGAGCCCCAGACGAACAGCAUGUCCAGCAGGCAGCGAUGUCCGCAGGGCAAGGGGCUGGAGAACAUAGAGGCUUUGGUGCGUUCUGUGGAGGAAACCCCCGAUCCCGUCCCCACAACCAUCCAAGGAACUAUUCCAACCUGGAUCAAUGGGAGCUUCCUGAGAAAUGGUCCUGGGAAGUUUGAAUUUGGAAAAGACAGUUACACCCACUGGUUUGACGGAAUGGCCUUGAUGCACAGGUUCCACAUCUGUGAGGGCAAUGUCACCUACAGUAGCCGAUUCCUGCGAAGUGACUCAUACGUCUGCAACUCGGAGAAGAACCGCAUCGUGGUGUCAGAGUUUGGAACAGUCGCCAUGCCGGAUCCCUGCAAGAACAUCUUUGCACGUUUCUUUUCGCGCUUUCAGAUUCCUAAGGCCACGGAUAACGCCAGCGUGAACUUUGUCAAGUACAAGGGCGACUAUUAUGUCAGCACAGAAACCAACUACAUGAGGCGAGUCGAUCCGCAGAGCCUGGAGACGAAGGAGAAGGUGGACUGGAGUAAAUACAUUGCUGUCAACUCAGCCACAGCUCACCCACACUAUGACCGGGAGGGAGCCACGUACAACAUGGGCAACUCCUACGGAAAAAGCGGUUUCUUCUACAACAUCAUUCGUGUGCCUCCUCCUGAGGAGAAAGCAGCAGCCGCCGAGGGCUCUGCAGACCUCACAGGAGCCAGCGUGAUCUGCUCAAUCCGUGCUUCUGAACCCAGAAAACCUUCCUAUUAUCACAGCUUUGUCAUGUCAGAAAACUACAUUGUGUUCGUUGAGCAGCCGAUCAAGCUGGACCUGCUGAAGUUCAUGCUGUACAAAAUCCAGGGAAAGAGCUUUCAUAAAGUCAUGACCUGGGAACCUCAGUAUGAUACCAUCUUCCACUUGGUCAACAGGCACACUGGCCAGGAGAGUGAAGUGCAGUACCGUGCAGCACCCAUGUUCACGCUGCAUCAGAUCAAUGCUUUUGAGGACAACGGCCUCUUGGUGAUGGACAUGUGCUGUGGGGACGAUGGCGAUGUCAUUGGCGACUUUACCCUGGAGAAUCUGCGCAGAGGCUCAGGGGAGGAAAUGGACAAGUUUUACAACUCGUUGUGCAGGAACCUCCCGAGGAGAUAUGUUCUACCCCUGACUGUGGACGGGAAAACUCCUAUGGACCAAAACCUCGUCACUUCGAGCAACUAUAAAGCCACAGCAAAAAAGACCAAACCACAAGAGGUUUACAUGACCCACGAGGAGCUCUACGACGAUAAGCUGCUGCAAUACGGCGGCCUUGAGUUCCCUCAGAUCAACUACGACCAGCACAACGGCAGAGCCUACCGCUACUUCUACUCCUGCGGCUUUGGACAUGUCUUCAGUGACUCCCUGCUCAAAAUGGAUGUCCACACCAAGGAGCUCAAGGUGUGGCGUUAUCCGGGCCUGUAUCCGUCCGAGCCUGUCUUUGUUGCAUCGCCCAAAGCUACUGAGGAAGAUGAUGGAGUGAUCCUGUCAGUCAUCAUCACGCCCAGAGAAGAAAAAAGUACUUUCCUACUUGUUCUGGAUGCGAAGACCUUCACUGAGUUGGGAAGAGCAGAGGUCCCUGUCAAUAUCCCAUAUGGGACCCAUGGCGUGUUUAACAGGAUGGGCUAGAUGGGCCAAUGUUAGCAUCUCUUGCAUAUUCCUGAAACUUAUCCAGUGACCUAUACAAUUCAUUUUGUAGAGCCCAGAAACAAACGAGGGCUUCAUCCACAGAAAGUGAUUGUCUCUGUGUCAUGGCAUGUAGAAUUGCUGAACUGUAAAAAGAAUGAGUGCCGAGACAAACUGAGAGUCGUACUAUGUGUUUGUACCUAACCAUCUGAAAGACGGAAUCGUCUGUAGACCAACAAGACAGAAAACUGAUUAGGUGUGACAAUGACUAGACCCUGAAUGUGGGUGGCGCUUACUUGGAAGAAAUAAGAAAUCACAUGAAAAAUAUUUGGAGUAAACAAAACAAAUAAUUGCAGUAAAUUCACACUUUGAAAUAAAAUCGAUUUU